UCCGUAAUAUCGCAAAACAGUUGAUGACUCUCUCCUCUCCCGGUGUCGUCGCCUCUCUUUCCUUCCUCUCCUUCAUCUUUGAUAGAUCUCUCUCCUUGGGUUUAUCAAUUGCUAGAAACCCUAACUUUCUUCAAAUCCAUGGAUCGCGGUAACAGAACCAGUACCAACGGAGGCGAAGGAGGAUCUGUAACAAUGGAAUCAACGGAAAUUCAGCCAUCUCCUCAACCGCAGCCUGUGGCGGUCCUAACUGGAAACGCGCCUCCUCCGUUCCUGAGCAAGACCUAUGACAUGGUUGACGAUCCCGCAACCGAUUCGAUUGUGUCGUGGAGUGCGAACAACAACAGUUUCAUCGUAUGGGAUCCACCACAGUUCGCUAAAGAUCUUCUUCCCAAGAACUUCAAGCACAAUAAUUUCUCCAGCUUCGUCAGGCAGCUUAACACCUACGGUUUCCGGAAGGUUGACCCUGAUAAAUGGGAAUUUGCGAAUGAAGGUUUCCUAAGAGGUCAGAAGCACUUGCUUAAAACAAUAACUCGGCGAAAACCUGCACACGGACAUGGACAUCAGCAAUCUCAGCACUCGAUUGGGCAGAACUCAUCUGUAAGCUCAUGUGUUGAAGUUGGCAAAUUUGGUCUCAAAGAAGAGGUUGAGAGGCUUAAAAGAGAUAAGAACGUCCUUAUGCAAGAACUCGUCAGAUUAAGACAGCAGCAACAAUCCACUGAUAACCAACUUCAAACGAUGGUCCAGCGUCUCCAGGGCAUGGAGAAUCGGCAACAACAGUUAAUGUCGUUCCUUGCAAAGGCAGUUCAAAGCCCUCAUUUUCUAUCUCAGUUCCUACAGCAGCAGAACCAGCAAAACGAGGGUAGUAGGCGAAUUAGUGAUACCAGUAAGAAGCGGAGAUUCAAGCGAGAUGGCAUUGUCAGUAAUAAUAAGGAUUCUGCUUCUCCUGAUGGACAGAUAGUGAAGUAUCAACCUCCAAUGCACGAGCAGGCAAAGGCAAUGUUUAGUCAGCUUAUGAAGAUGGAACCUUACAAAGCCGGCGAUGAUGGUUUCCUUCUAGGUAACAGUACUUCUACUACUACUAGUACAGAAGGAACAGAGAUGGAGAUUUCAGCGAACAACAUAACGGGUAUAUCUCUUCAGGAGAUGCCAACAGCUUCUGAGAUACAAUCAUCAUCAUCACCAAGUGGAGCAACUCCGGAAAACGUUACAGUAGCUGAGUUUCCAACGCCUGACGAAGCAAUUCCCUCACCUGAUGAUCUGUCUCUACCCGAAUUUGCUGAUAUGCUGCAGGAGAAUAUCGCUGAGGUGCCUCCAGAAAAUUUCUUGGAAACAAACAUGGAAGAUUUGAGUCCUAUCCUAGAUUCAGAUCUGUUCAAUAAUGAUGAUUUACCCUUUGACAUUGACGACAUUCUGAGGGACCCCGAUUUAGAACCUUCGGUUGAUGAUUAUGCUUCACUCUUUCAAGACAUUCUCAUGUCAAGCCCUGUUCCAGAUGAUAUGGAAGUAACACCAGUGGAUGAUAGAACCAAGGACAGUGAGACAGAGCAGAAACAGAUGGAUAAUCUGACCCAACAAAUGGGUCUCCUCUCGCCUGAAACCAUAGAUCUCUCGAGGCAAAAUCCGUGAUUUUGGAAGUUAUGGAAUUUUUUGAAGUAACACCAAACUACUAUGUUCCCUAAGAACAUCAUAUGCUUUCAUCUCAUGCACUGAUCAUUUUGUUUCUUCCUUCUAUAUCAAACUUCCUUACAACUAUUCAUUUGCACACUCUGUUAAGGUGUGGUGGAUCUAUGUCGAAGUUUCAAUCUAUUGUUGAAUUUUUCGCCUUUUUGUUAGAAGAGAAAAGUUAAAUUCAACAGAA